UAAACACAACUGAGCUGUCGGUUCCUGGUUUCAGUCAUGAGCUGUUUGAUCCAGGUCGUGGAUGUACCGGUGAACAGCAGACUGCCUGGUCUCACGGUCUGAUCCUGUUUACCAGCCUGGUGUGAGCAUGUCUGUGGUGACAGUGCAGCUUGGUCAGUGCGGUAACCAGGUGGGCCACCAGCUGUUUGACGUCAUCUGCAGUGAUGCUCACGAGGCUCAGAGGAUUUACAGCUGCUCCAGCUGUGAGAGGUUCUUCUACCGGAGCAGACAGGGAGAACUUGUGGCGAGGGCAGUGAUGAUAGACAUGGAGGCCAAGGUCAUCAACCAGAGUUUAACCAAGGCCGCAAAGUCUGGCAGGUGGAAGUAUGGAGACACUUCAUACUUCAGUCAGAAGCAGGGCUCUGGGAACAACUGGGCUAAUGGGUAUUGUGUCCACGGUCCUCGUCACAGAGAAGUGGUGGAGGAGUUGGUGAGGCGAGAGGUGGAACGCUGUGACAGACUGGCUGGGCUCAUGGCCAUGAUGAGUGUGGCGGGGGGGACGGGCUCUGGGGUCGGUACCUAUGUUACUCAGUGUCUCCGAGACAUUUACCCCAAGUCCUUCAUCCUCAACCACCUCACCUGGCCGUAUGGGACGGGGGAGGUGAUUGUCCAGAACUACAACUCUGUGCUGACGCUGGCUCACCUCUACCAGCUAUCAGACGCCAUCCUGGUGCACGAGAACGACACGGUGCACAGGAUCUGCAGCCAGCUGCUCAACAUCAAACACAUCUCCUUCAGCGAUGUCAACACGGUUAUCGCUCAGCAGCUGGGCAGCGUCCUACAGCCCGCACUCACUGCCGACUCCCACGGUGUCUACAGCAGAAAUCCUCUGGGUGAGCUGGUGAGCGCCCUCGCCUGCCACCCAGAGUACAAGCUGCUCAGUGUGAGUAGUAUCCCUCAGAUGCCCAGUUCCUCCAUAGCGUACAGCACCUUCAGCUGGCCUGGCAUGCUCAAACACCUCCGACAGAUGCUCAUCUCCAACGCCAAGAUGGAGGAAGGUAUUGACUGGCAGGUGCGUCCGCUUGCCGGCUCUGAGAGGACCAGGAGUCUCACAGGACCCAGCUUUAACACCUCUCUGGCCAACCUGCUCAUACUAAGAGGGAAAGACGUCUACAGUGCAGAGACAGGCGGCUUUGAGGACCCAGCCCUCUACACCUCCUGGCUCUCAUCUGGAGAAGCUUUCACCUUGUGGAAAUCUCCAGUGCCUUUUAAUAAAUAUGAAAAAUCUGCUACGCUAGUCAGCAACAGUCAGGCUCUGCUCAAACCUCUGGAUAACAUGGUGGGGAAAGCCUGGAAUAUGUUUGCCUCUAGGGCCUACAUCCAUCAGUACAUCAAGUUUGGGAUCUCAGAGGAGGAUUUCCUUGACAGCUUUACAUCUCUUGAGCAAGUCAUCUCCAGCUACAGCCAGCUGUGCUAGUAGUGAAGAAAAAAACAAGCACCUCCUCGCCUUUAACAGUCCCUUUGGACUUGAAGGGGCCAAUGACA